CCGACACAUACUCCUCUCUCCGUCUAGGAACCACAAACCACAGCAAUCUCGCUUCAUCCGCGACUCUCGCUCGAAAAGAAUCUUCAAUAAUGGCCUCAUCCCGCGCUCUUCAGGUCCUCAGCAUAUCCACCGCCCUCCUCGCCUCCGGCGGCAUAGCCUCUCUCUCCCUCUUCUCCAUCCCCCUGCUAAAGUCCCAACCCGCAUCUCGCUCCCUGCCCCUAACGCGCUGGCUCUUCUCCCGAGGCUCACACAUCUUCCCAACUGCAGCGCUCUUCUCCUCCUCUGGAUUCGCGUACCUGGCUUACUCCGCCUUACCGCCCGCCAGCCGAUCAUUUGCCGGACUGAUGAAAUAUGCUGCCAAGGGCAAGGUUGGAUUAUACGCCGCAGCAGCAGCGCUAACGAUCUCCAUCGCGCCCUUCACGCACUUUAUGCUGUCCACGAAUUUCAAACUUAUCAAGAUGAACGAGGCGCUGGGCGGGACGCGCAGCGCGGCUUCCGCAGUCUACCGCGAGGAAAAGUACGAGCAGCAGAUGGCUGGGGAGUGGCCAAGGGGUGCUGAUGAGAGCGUUAAUGGGGACGAUGAUGUGAGUCAGUGGUGGGAUUGGAGUGGGCCGCAGGAACGGACGAGGAGAGAAAGUAGUAAGAGUCAGGAUCAGGAGGUUAGGGGGUUGUUGGAGGAGUUUGGGAGGAUGAAUGGGGUUAGGGCGGGGUUGAUGGGGGUGGGCGGGUUGGUUGGGUUAUUCGGGGCUUUGAUGUAGAUGUACGUAAUUCCAUUCAAGAUGGUUCUACUUUGACUAUCUAAGCGGGA